UCCGCCGCACAAGCUCCCGAGCUCGCGGGCAUGGCGAUGGCGGAGGCGGAUAGCAAUGGCUUCGAGUUCCUGUCGGAUCCCGUGGACAUAUUUCCGCCGAUGGAUCUAUCGCACGACAACUCCAUGGAGUAUGACGAAGGCUCUGAAGUUCUUAUCCGCGCCCGGUCAGAUUCCAGCAUGGGCGAGGCUGGGGAUGCAACGCUCACAGUGGAUGCCGAUCUGAACAGUACUUGCGAAGCCGUCGCCCUGACGGUGGCACCUUCAGAGACAUCAACAGGGAGGGACGAUCCUCAAGCACCUGGAUAGACAAGGAGAGUCCGUGUUGGAAGAGCACCAACAGAACGCUCCCCCUGCGCUGGCAGGACAACUGCCCUGGAAAAAGCACUUCGUGGUUAUGCAAAUGAGAAGACACCAACCGUCAUAGUACCCGUAGUCGGAAGCACAUUUGAUUCACUUGGGGAGGCGUACGAUUUUUACAAUCUCUACUCAUGGGAAAAAGGGUUUGGAAUCAGGGUGUCCCUAAAAGAAGCAACACACGAACCUGUUGCUGCCGAUGUCCCGCAAUGAUAAGGUUACUCUGGACAAAUGACAAUGGAUGGUAUAUUAGUGAGCACAGAGCAUCCCAUAAUCACUCACUAACGGAAAAUUGUGGCGAGAAACUGUACUGGCCUUCACACAGACAUAUUGACAUAUACACAAGAGAUGUUGUGAAACAACUGCGUGAAAACAACAUAAGUAUUGGUAAGGUGUACAACAUAAUUGGUAGUUUCUUCGGUGCAAUGAGCAACGUGCCAUUCAGCAAGAGAGCUUUGAGGGGGCUGUGUGGACAGAUCAGCAGAGAACAAGCUGAUGACGAUGUGCGCAAAACAAUGGAAGUUUUUGCCGAGCUUGGAGCAAAAGACUCUGGCUUGUACUACAGGGUGCAGCCAGACGAGGACAGUCGGAUAAGGAAUUUGUUGUGGUCAACAGGAGCAAGCAGGUCUCAGUGCCAUUUCUUCGAAGAUGCAAUAACAUUUGACACCACUUACCUGAUAAAUAUGUACGACAUGCCUUUCGGCUUAUUUGUGGGAAUCAACAAUCACUUCCAGACUAUUAUCUUUCGCGGCGUCCUCGUUCGAGAUGAGACUGUUGAAACCUUUGAGUGCGUAUUCACCGAGCUCAUCCGUAUGAUGGGUGGUAAACACCCACAAACUAUACUUGCAGAUCAGUGCAGGGUGAUGGAGCUAGCACUGCAGAAGGUCAUGCCCGACACGACUCACAGGUGGUGCAAGUGGCACGUGCUGAAGAGUGCAGAGGAAAAACAUGGCCCACUUUAUACAAAAUGAAGCAAAUUUAGAUCAGAGUUUCACAAGAUAAUCCAACACAUGCUAACAGUUGAUGAGUUUGAGACUGCAUGGAAGGAUCUGAUAGAAAGCCAUGGUUUACAAGCACACCCUUACCUCACAAACAUCUAUGAAACAAGGGAGAAAUGGGCAAAGCCAUACUUCAACGGAAAAUUCUGCGCGAAGAUGACAAGCACACAGCGCAGCGAGAGUGCCAACCACAUGCUGAAGGGUUAUGUCCCAGCAAGUUUCCCAAUGCACCUAUUUGUCCGUCAAUACAUGAGGCUACUAUUCGAUAGGGAGGCAAGUGAAAACUAUGAAGAGAGGCGUACAAAAAUAACAUCCCCAGUUAUGAAAAUGAAUGCACCACUUGAAAUGCAUGCCAGUGAGAUAUACACACGGGCUAUGUUUGAUAAGUUCGGCGAUGUUGUGUACGAAUCAAUGCAGUACAAAGUAGAAGAGGUCUGCAAGGGAGAAACUUAUUUGGUACAGCGAUACCAUCUAGAAAAACAUGAGAAAUGGUGCAGAGUAGUGUACAGGGUAGAAGUUGACAAACUAGCAGACAAACUGAGGUGUGAGUGUGCUAACUUUGAGCACACAGGCUUGCUUUGCUGCCAUUCAGUGAAGGUAUCAAAAAAAACUUUCCGAUUAGUUAGAAUACGAUAACUUACUUUGAUUUCUUCUUUCCAGGUCCUUGACUUCCUUGGAAUAGACCGUAUACUAGCACAACAUAUUUUGAAAUGAUGGACAAAGGACGCAUGGGAUGUUCUACCAAAUCAUCUAUCACACCUCCAGAAGGACAACAUUUCUCUGAACUCAAUUACAUUCAGGCACUCAAACUUGUACACUCAUGCUCUCGAAGUUGUGCGUUUGGGUGAUUCCAACACAGAAGCAUACGAGUGUGCCAUGGAUAUCCUGAAGAGAGAAAUGGGCACAUUGACUCCAAUAGCAGCCUUGGAGGAUGGUAUGGGCUUGGAAGCAAGAAUUGAGACACAAAAAAUGAAACAAAAAGAUUUGGUUCCCCUGACUGUCCCCUACAACACAGAGUGCAGUGAUGCUGAAGGAAGUGCAGUUGGUAAUUUCAGUGGCCUCAGAGCUCCAGAACGCAAACGGAAACCAGGGCGACCAACCACCAGCAGGGACAAACCUCCAUACGACGACCGGAGUGCAAAGAAUAGGUCACACACUCCUAAUGUGCAUGCUGCGAAUGGUUGUGGCACAAGUAAGCGAACUCUCUUAUGUAGUAUAUGCCGGGAACCAGGACAUAAGAGCCCCAGAUGCCCGAAGAGAGGUGGCAUGCCUCACAAAGAGAGGAAAGAAGCAAAAUGCUCAAACUGUGGGGUUGGUGGCCACAGGAAGAAUACUUGCAACAAGCCUAAGGUCGUCCUCCAUGUUGUUCCAUCUACUGGAUUCGACCCAAGCACCAUCUGUGAAUGAUUAUACUCUACAUUACAAAUCUAUCUCAAUGAGGGCUUUGCAGCCAUUCGUUUGCAUAACGAGAAAAGAAAUUGUUGAAAAACAGUUGGUAAUUUUCCGUCCUGUGAGGUGUACCAGUAUGCUUCAUGCAGAAAUAAUGUUUCAAUUUGUUGUUUUCAUAAAUUAGUAGCUGUGGUUGUUCUCCAGCCUGUAGUCGCUUCCCUAUAAAGAAUAGAUGGUGGUUUUCUGUCUUGUAAGAUGUAUCAUCAGUAUGCUUCAUGCAUACAUAAAUGUUUGAAUUUCUUCUUUUCAUAAAUUAGUAGCUGUGGUUGUUCUCCAGGCUGCAGUCGC